AUGCUUCUGAUCCGGGCUGGAUUGGGUAUGCCUGUGUUGGACUGGACUGUCAACAACUUCAACUGUCAAGUUUCAGCUGGCCUUCUAUCAUAUGGCACUGUAAUUGCUGUCAAGCAUUCCAAAUCAAAGCAAGGGAAUUGUGAACUCGUGAAUGAGAUAGGUUUGAUUUCUACAAUGGAACACCCUCAUCUUUUCAAGCUUCACGGAUGCUGCAUUAAAGGAAAUCAACUAUUGCUUGUCUAUGAGUACAUGGAAAAUAAUAGCCUUGCUCGUGCUUUGUUUGGUAAAUAUUACUCUUGUAUGCCUAAACUGAGAGAUAGUGUUAAGGAAAGUGGAAUAGUAGCUCAGUACACAACUCCUAGAACUCCACAACAAAAUGGCGUGGCUGAGAGGAGGAACAUAACUCUUAAAGACAUGGGUUGUCCAGCUGAAGCUAGAAUCUACAAUCUAGUUGAAAAGAAACUAGACGCAAGAACAACUAGCUCCUUUUUCAUCACUUUAGUUCCAAAUACUAGAACUCAUGCCCGUUCCAUUCAAAGCAUCAAAUUGAUUGCGUAA